AGGCUGAGGCGCAGAACAGAACAACAGCAACAAGAGUGCAUGAUGUGUUGAGUGAGAGACGGAAAAUGGCUGAUUCCAAAAGAUCAUCGUCUACAGCGAUUUCUUCGGUCUCCAAUUCAACAAGCACCGGUGGAACCAGCAGCAGCAAAUCUUCCCGCAAGUCGAAAAAUGAUCUGAUACGAACCAUCGUCGGUGGUUAUCUCAAACAACGGAACUACCUGAUAAACGAUCGUUUCCGGAAAUCGGAUCUUAUACUGACACAAUCAUCGGAACAGAUAGUUAUGAACACUGCCAUAGAGAAUGAAAUUUCCAAGGCCAACAGUUUUCUAUUUUCCAAUAUUUUCUGUCUAAACAACAAUCCUGCUCAGGUGGAUCAACAUUUUGCCAAAUUGUGCAGCUUCAUCAAAUACCAAAAAGAUGCAGUUCGCAAGGAGCUAUCGGAACUGGUCUUUCCUUUAUUGUGUCAUCUUUAUAUCGAAAUGUUGAAAGGUCGAGAUUGGCGACCAGCAAUCGAAUUCCUCCGAAAGCAUGCUCCGGUGCUGGUUGGUCCGAUUGAACCUUCGACUGCUCCUCCAAGUAGCUCGCCAUUGCUGAUCAUGAAUCAGAAAAUCAACGGAACUGUUGAAGAACAACAAGCCUCUGGUAUACCUAUAGCGACCGUUCAAAGUUCCGCCAUUAUUUUUACUCCCACGUCAGAAGUUGUAUCAAAUUUCGUCAUUGAGGCGAAUCGAUUGGAGUCGUUUAAACAACUUAUCCAAAAGCUCUCUCAAAUAACACGGAUUCAAGAUCUUGACAACGAUGAUCUUACAUUGCAGUUUCGUUCCUGUCAGUAUGUUAUUCGUCUAUCUUCGGUUUCCAUCGUUGCUCUGAGACGCUACCUCGCUAAGCAUGGCCAUUCACUAGUCCUUCAAAUUCUUCGUAACUGGUUUUCGUUUGAAACAAAUGAUGAUAAGGAUUUCUUAGACUACAACCCGGAUACGUCCAAACCCAAACCAGACAAGCGACCCCGUUUGCUUUCUCCUUCGAAUGGCAUAGAUCUGCUGAACGGGCUGUCCCCUAUGGAUCACUUUCCUGAACAAGAGCAACCAUUGCUAGAGUAUGAUUUUUCCGAGCAUUCUGAUGCCGAGAAUACCAAGUUCCUUCUACGCAACGGUUUCACCAGUGCAUUCAUUCGACACAAAAUCCGCGAAAUGAAUGGAUCCGACGAUGAUGGUACAAACCGUUUGAUGGAUCUGAUGGACGACGACGACGAUGAAGAUGACACUACCGGUUAUCUUCCUGGACUAGCAGCAAUUUCACCAGUCACCACCAAGAUCCCAGAACAAAAACUUGACCCAACUACACAGCCAGCAGCAUCAACUACCGAAGACAUCAGUGGUCUAUUUCGAGGGAUAACAUGUGCAGAGCGGCUAAAGAAAUUGAAAGAUUGUACCGAGAAACUAAAUCAGUAUCAUUCGCCAUUGUGUAUCUAUCAGGUGGAGAAUGUUGACAACGAUCGGCUCUCGGCAGUUGCGAUCGAUGACAAGUGCUGUCACCUGGCGAGUGGAUUUGAGGAUGCCACUAUUAUGCUGUGGUCCGUAAACCGAAGUACUCAAAUCGGUCGGAAACCUUACGCUGGGCUGUGGGAUAAAGUCUGUUGCUGGAAUGUGACCAGCUGUAAGAAUAGCUUCAAUGAUUGGGAUGAAAGCGAAGAUGAUGAUGAGGAAGGCGGCGAAAAAGGAUAUGUUGAUGCGGUUGAAUCGACAUCGCGUGAAAAAUUAAAUAAACUAUUGCCUCCACACAGUCGACAGCCAGGGAAACGAGAUCGUUGGAAGCAAUACAUGGAAAGAAAAUGUAGUGAAAACGCUUUCACCGAAACUGGAGGAAUAACACUGCGGGGUCACUCAAAUGCCGUGACAGACCUACUAUUCUCAAAUCAUUACCCAUUGCUGCUAAGCGUUUCACGAGACCUUACCAUGCGGGCAUGGCAAGCAAGUGACUAUAACUGUCGGGCUGUUUACCGUGGUCACAAUCAUCCUAUCUGGUGCGUAACCGAGAGCCCAACCGGACUUUAUUUGGCCACCGGAUCGAGAGACACGACCGCCCGUCUGUGGUCGACGGAUCGUGAAUUUCCGCUGCAAAUCUAUGUGGGACACACACAAGAUGUCGAUACAGUAGCGUUCCAUCCAAACGGAAACUAUCUGGCAACGGGGUCCACUGAUCUCACCGUACGGCUUUGGUGUGUAACGAGUGGUAAAUUGUUCCGAAUAUUUACGGAUUGUAAGCAACCAAUACAAAGGAUAGCAUUCAGUCCAGAUGGGAAAUAUCUAGCGACUGCAGGCGAGGAAACUAAGGUUAGAGUAUUUGACCUGGCAGCUGGCUCGCAGCUGACUGAACUUCGCGAUCACACUUCUGCAGUUAGUUGCGUUACGUGGAGUGAUAAUAGCCGACAUUUGGCAACUGCAGGGACUGAUGGAACGGUUCGAAUUUGGGAUGCGGUCAAAAUGGUCUCUAGUAGUUCUUCUUCGUCAUCGUCGUCUUCAGCUUCUGUCACUGCUAGCAAUCAAUCAGCGACCACCGGCAACUCGAAUACUUUAACUAACAGCGGCGUCACCAACAAUGGUAUAAAUCACAGCAGCCAUAAGACGUUAUCGUCAUCUUCCUCGAGCAACAGUAGCAACAGCAGUCUUCUGCUAGCAUAUUCGACGGGGUGCCGCAGAAUCUAUCGGUUACAUUAUAACCAGUACAGUGGCAGCCUUGGUUGCAUAGGAAACAGCUAAACGUUGGAUCAGCGGAUAUAUGGAAAUUCUCCGAGCGUUAAGUAUUAUGUUUUCAUUUCAAAUACCUGUCUGCGCAAAAGUUUUCCAUUAAUUCCCACCACUUUCACAUGCCGAACUCAACCCCUAGUUGUAGGUCUUAGUGUGUUUAGCUUUUCAACAUAAAUCGUGUACCGGUGCUCGGAAGAUUCCCAAAUAAAAUUCGUUCGGAAUGCCUGAUGAUGUGCUAUGUUCUUAACUUUCCUGUUUCAGUGUAACUGGUAUUGCAACAAAACUUGGAAAGCCCUUUUGCGAACGCUUUGAUAUUAACCAUGAUAGGUAUAUGGAACAGUAAAGUAUAAACUGAUUUAAUGUCCGGUUAAA